CAGAGUGAAUGUUGAGCUUGUGUUUUAGAGACGUUAGAUUUGAGUUAAAAAUAAGCCCCUGGCAAUUAUCACACACAUAUCAAUUUAAAUCGCGGAUCAAGCUCUGCUAUUCAACACGAUGAGCCGCUUUGGUUGGAGAGACAUGAUUCGUAAGUAUAAAACAUCAGUCAAUGAUAAAUGUCAGUUUGUGACAGAAUUUAAUCUUCCAUCUGUUGAACGUGUGGAACUGGCCGCCCAUUAUACUGAACCAGUGAUCAUACAGAGGAGCAAAGAGCAAACUGAGAAAUGCUUUCGUAGAUGGAUGAUGUCUGAACACACUUUUGGACUAACGCCAUCAUCUGGACUGUUAUCAAAUGACAUCAGAAUAGACCAGCUGUUCAGUCCUGACAGUGAUGGAAACAAACCAAAAUCUGUGAUUCUCAAAGGAGAUUCUGGAAGAGGGAAAUCCUUAAUGUUACAAAAGAUCAUGUUGGACUGGGCAUCUGGAGAACUUUAUUCUGAAAACUUUGAUGUAAUUUUUCUGUUGAAGUGUGAUGAGGUGAAGUGUCUUUCUCAGGAGAUGAGGUUGAAUGAGCUCUUGAGCUGGAGUUGCAGCUUAACAUCAGAUCAGAUUUCACAGAUACUGGAGUUAACACCAGAGAAAGUCCUCAUCCUCAUUGAUGGAAUUGAUGAGUUCUCAUUGGAUUCACACAUUCAAAAAUCAUCAACCACUAAUCCAUCACAGGAAGCCCUACCAAUGGUCACUCUUAGGAGUUUGUUGACUGGACAGAUCCUGCCUGAGUCUUUCCUGCUGGUUACCACCAGAUCAGAUACUUUUACAGUGAUGAAUCUCCUCAAAGGACCUCAGCGUUUCACUGAGAUUAUGGGCUUCUCUGAGAGAGAGGUGCAGGAGUACUUCCAGAAGUUCUUUCAGGAUGAGAAGCUCUUUGGGAAUGCAUAUGAGUGUGUAAAUACAAAUGGAAGCCUCCUUGCUGCCUGCUCUGUACCUUUACUGUGUUGGUUGGUCUGUUUUUGUCUGAAGAAACACUUUACAGAUGAUGAUCGUGUGAUGAGAGAACUAAAGACAACCACCUCCAUAUAUGUGCACUUUGUGUCCACUCUACUGGAGCAUCAUGACCAGAGUCAGUCUGUCCUCACCAUGCUGAGGAGUCUGGGUCAGCUGGCAGAGGAAGGGAUGAAGAAGCAGCAGGUGUUUUUCGAUGAAAAGAGUGUAGCCGAGACUGGUUUAGAUCCAGCUACUACUUUGUUUUUGUUUGAAGGUAGUUUAAAAAUAAAAGACAAACAGGAGCCAGUGUUUAGGUUUAUGCAUUCCAGCUUUCAGGAGUUCUUCACUGCUCUUUAUUAUGUCUUACUGGAUGAGGAAACGUCCUGGAGGAAACUCCGUGAGCUGCUUGUCAGGGUGGAACGGGGAAAUGAAAUCUAUAGGUCAUCACCAGCAAGAUCAUAUCCCAUGCCUUCAGUCAUGAUGUUUCUCUGUGGUCUCUUAAAUGAGGAGAUGAGCAGCUCAAUCUUUGAAAAGAUCAAGUGGACUGUUCCUCAGACAAUAACACUAAAAGAAAGACUGGGUAGAAUGAUUUUUAGAUUGAUAAGGCAUGGUGGAUGUAGACUGUUGUUUGCUCUCCACUGUCUGUAUGAACUCCAAGAUGAGAGAUUUGUCGGGGAAGCUCUGAAAACACACAUGUUCAUAGAUCUGUCUGACAUUUCCCUGAGGAGCACAGACUGUUGGGUGCUGCUGUACUGUCUUCAGUGCUGUCCACGCAUCAGAUACCUGCACCUCAUGUCAUGUGAUUUAACAGCUGAGAAACUCAAGAUUCUUCAGCCAGCAUUCUGUAUGUGUGAGAGCCUUUGUUUGUCAGUGGAGCACCUGUCAGACACUGGAGAUUUGAUCCAGAGUCUUGGUGAAUCGAAAAUCUUGAGACAUGUUGUCUUUGAGCUCCUCAGAGACAAUCCAUCAUUUCCAGCAGUAUUAAACAUCAGUCUUACAUGUCCACAAUCAGAGAUAUCCAGCACUGACUGGACACUCUUCUUAAAGAGACUCAGCAAGACAGGAAAAGUAUCAGAAGACUCUUCAGCUCUUGAUGAGCAUACAUUGGAUCUGAAUCUGGUCGUUCUGAAUAAGAGCUGGGCUUCUGGGAUCAUUUCCCUCGCCCAGACCUGCACCAGUCUACAGGAGCUCAAGAUGAAGUCCAGUAAACCCACUGACCAGUGCAAGGGACAGGACUGGAGUCACAUGAGCUGUAAUGAGAAAGUGGAGAUUCACUUCAAACCAAAGGUUUUGAAAAAGCUGAAAGAGUUGAACAUCUCUGACUCUGAACUGUCUGGACUGAAUCUUCAGCCGCUCCCAGUGUGUCAGUCUUGUGUUCACAUUGUUGAUUCAGAUCAGUGGGUUCAGGUGGAGCCGUCAGUCUGUACAGAUGAAGGAGGGUCAGCAUUCAGGAUCAGCACUCCAGCGGGUCGAUUCGAGUGCAGCAGGACCAGAAUGCGAUGGGUCUGUGCUGGUGACAUCACUCUCCAGUACCGUGCAGUGAAUGGACGUUUCCUCAGAGCAGAGCUGGAGAGGCUUCAGUGUGAGCGAAUUGGUCCUGUGAUUGAUGUGACAGUGAUCUCAGGGAAACUGGAGGAGGUCCAUCUGCCUCAUUACGCCUGUUUAGCAGAGUCAGACCCUGCUUUCAGAGAUGCUGUGAAGCUCCUUACCAAAAGAGAUGAAGGAAUAGCUUUACAAUCUGUAGAGUUGACCCGUUAUCAUGCCAAAAUAGUCCAACCAUCCUUCUCUCUUAUAACUUUGAUUAUAAGCUGGUUCCUAACGUGGGAAGAACACUGUGAUCAUCUUAUCUUCAGGCGGUGUAAAGAUCCUCUCUUUCUUCACAUCUACUUUUUUCCAGUGAAUGACACUUGUUCGAAAGAAAAAGUCAAGCAGGAUGAAAAAACAAGUUUUUUGAUCAGACAUCCCAGACCUGACAGGCCAUUUCGGUUGAAAACACCUCACCUUCUUGAGGUUCCUGGUGCAUCUGUCCAACCCAUAGAGGGGAUUUCAUUUAGAACAGAUAUUGACCCAAACUUCUUCAAGGUCAGAAAACAAGAGCAUGAUGAUGUACAACUGAAUCUUAUCAGAGAGGAAGACAAGAAGUCUGUGUGGAAGGCCACAAUAUGGAAAGAAGAAUUUGCCCCAGUUAAAUCCAAUGUAAGUCCAAGAUGA